AGAAUCUUGAAAACAUACAAAUGAUGAGUAAUUAGCGAAGAAGAAACUGGCGUGAAUUAGCAGCAACAACCCUAAGAACCAAAAGUGGGGGACCGGAAUAUCGAAUUACGUUAUCCACAGUGUCACUAAGUACAGAACAAAAUAUCUUUACCUCUCUGAUAUAUAUUUUUUCUUUUGGAAAGAAAUUGUUGAAUAUUCAUUCUUGAUAAAUCGAUCUGAAUUCUGAGUGAAUUCGUCAGAAAUGGACACUGCCCAAGAAGCUCAGAACAGAGAAGCUUUCCGGCAAGCUGUGACUAAUACCCUCGAACGCCGUCUUUUUUACAUACCCUCUUUCAAGAUCUAUCGUGGGGUUGCUGGCCUUUACGACUAUGGUCCUCCUGGAUGUGCCGUUAAAUCCAAUGUCCUCGCCUUCUGGCGCCAGCAUUUUGUUCUUGAGGAGAACAUGUUAGAGGUUGAUUGUCCAUGUGUUACGCCUGAGGUUGUGCUAAAGGCGUCAGGUCACGUGGAUAAGUUCACCGAUCUUAUGGUGAAAGACGAAAAGACUGGCACUUGUUAUCGUGCUGAUCAUCUGCUCAAGGACUUUUGCAAAGACAAGCUUGAGAGCGAUCCUAAUCUUCCUGCUGAAAAGGCUGCGGAAUUCAGGCAUGUACUUGCUGUUUUGGACGAUCUUUCUUCUGAAGAGCUCGGUGCUAAGAUUAAGGAAUAUGGCAUUACUGCUCCAGAUACCAAGAACCCUCUUUCUGCUCCUUAUCCUUUCAACCUCAUGUUCCAAACCUCAAUUGGGCCAUCCGGCUUGAGUCCUGGUUUCAUGCGUCCAGAGACUGCUCAAGGCAUUUUUGUCAACUUCAAGGACUUGUACUAUUACAAUGGAAAUAAGCUUCCUUUUGCGGCUGCACAGAUAGGCCAAGCUUUUAGAAAUGAGAUCUCACCACGUCAAGGUCUCCUGAGAGUCCGUGAAUUUACACUGGCUGAGAUUGAGCACUUUGUCGACCCGGAGGAUAAGUCUCAUCCAAAAUUUCCUGAUGUUGCAAAGCUGGAGUUCUUGAUGUUCCCAAGGGAAGAUCAGGUGGCUGGAAGAUCAGCAAGGAGAAUACAUCUUGGUGAAGCAGUUGCUCAGGGAAUUGUCAACAAUGAAACUCUUGGAUAUUUUAUAGGAAGAGUAUAUCUAUUUCUUACUCAUCUUGGUAUUGACAAAGAUCGGUUACGGUUUCGUCAACAUCUUGCAAACGAAAUGGCACAUUAUGCUGCAGACUGUUGGGAUGCUGAAAUUGAAUGUUCCUAUGGAUGGAUUGAAUGUGUUGGUAUAGCUGAUAGAUCUGCCUAUGACUUGCGUGCUCACACGGAUAAAAGUGGUGUGCCUCUUGUGGCCCAUGAAAAGUUUCCAGAGCCCAGGGAAGUAGAGAAGCUUAUCAUAAUUCCAGUGAAAAAGGAGCUGGGUCUUGCUUUUAAGGGUAACCAAAAGAUGGUGGUUGAAGCACUGGAGGCUAUGGGUGAAAAAGAAGCAAUGGAAAUGAAAGAGACAUUGGAGUCUAAGGGGGAAGCCGCAUUUAAUGUUUGCACGCUCGACAAGGUUGUCACUAUAAACAAGAAUAUGGUGUCCAUCUCCAAGGAAAUAAAGAAGGAGCACCAGAGGGUUUUCACUCCAUCAGUUAUCGAACCAUCUUUUGGUAUUGGGAGGAUAAUAUACUGCCUCUAUGAGCAUUCUUUCAACACCAGACCUAGCAGAGAUGGUGAUGAACAAAUGAACUUUUUCAGUUUCCCUCCUCUCGUAGCUCCUAUCAAAUGCACGGUGUUUCCAUUGGUUCAGAAUCAACAAUAUGAGGAAGUUGCGAGGCAAAUUGCUAGGUCACUGACUGUGUAUGGGAUCUCGUAUAAGAUUGAUAUAACAGGUACAUCAAUAGGGAAAAGGUAUGCAAGAACAGAUGAACUUGGAGUUCCCUUUGCCAUUACAGUGGAUUCAACAUCCUCAGUGACGAUCCGUGAAAGAGACAGCAAGCAGCAGAUCCGUGUGAAUGUGGACGAAGUAGCAUCUGUUAUUAAGGAGGUAACUGAUGGGCAAAGCACAUGGGGUGAUGUGUUAUGGAAAUAUCCUACUCAUUCUUCUUGAUCCCCUGAAUUGAGAAUGUUUAUUAGCCUUAUUGGUUUCUUCCAAUUUUACAAAUUGCUUGACAAUCAUACAUCAAAAGUGACAGUAAAUACUUGUGCUAUGAGAGUACUUGUACCAUUCGGUCCCUUAAUUUAUCUUCCUUCUUUGUGGUCUA